UUGAAAGAAAAAAAACUAUGGAUUAUUCAUCUAAUUCUCGUUGGGCUUUGCCAGUUAUCUUAGUUUGCUUUUUUAUAGUUUUAUUAUCCAAUAAUGUUGUUUUUGCUUCUCACAAAGUUUUUAUUCAUUUGCAAUCUCAAAAUGCUGUAAAUGUUCAAACUGUUCAUAGAACUGGUUACCAUUUUCAGCCAGAAAAACAUUGGAUCAAUGAUCCCAAUGCACCAAUGUAUUUCAAUGGAGUCUACCAUCUAUUCUACCAAUACAACCCAAACGGGUCAGUAUGGGGCAAUAUUGUUUGGGCUCAUUCAGUUUCAAAGGACUUAAUCAAUUGGAUCAAUUUAGAACCCGCAAUUUACCCAUCCAAACCCUUUGAUCAAUUCGGUACGUGGUCUGGAUCUGCAACUAUUCUACCUGGUAACAAGCCUGUUAUCUUGUACACUGGAAUAGUAGAUGCCAACCAAACUCAAGUUCAAAACUACGCGAUUCCAGCUAACUUAUCUGAUCCAUAUCUCCGUGAAUGGAUCAAACCUGAUAACAAUCCAUUGAUUGUAGCUGAUGCUAGUAUCAACAAGACCAAAUUUCGUGAUCCAACGACCGCAUGGAUGGGUAAAGAUGGACAUUGGAGAAUUGUGAUGGGAAGUUUGAGGAAACAUAGUAGGGGUUUAGCUAUAAUGUAUAGAAGCAAAGAUUUCAUGAAAUGGGUUAAGGCUAAACACCCACUUCACUCAACUAACGGUACUGGAAAUUGGGAAUGUCCUGAUUUUUUCCCUGUUGCAUUGAAAGGAACUAAUGGGAUAGAUCAAUAUGGUGAAGAAUAUAAAUAUGUGCUUAAGAAUAGUAUGGAUCUUACUCGAUUUGAGUACUAUACUCUUGGUAAGUACGAUACAAAAAAAGAUAGGUAUGUUCCAGAUGUUGGUUCUAUUGAUAGUUGGAAGGGAUUGAGAUUCGAUUAUGGUAAUUUCUAUGCAUCAAAGACUUUCUAUGAUACUAGCAAAAAUCGAAGGGUUAUUUGGGGUUGGUCUAAUGAAUCAGAUAUAUUCCCUGAGGAUGAUAACGCGAAAGGAUGGGCUGGAAUUCAAUUGAUCCCACGUAAAGUAUGGCUUGAUCCAAGUGGUAAACAAUUGAUUCAAUGGCCUGUUGAAGAAUUAGAAACCCUAAGAACCCAAAAGGUUCAAUUGAGUAACAAAAAGUUGAACAAUGGUGAAAAAGUUGAAGUUACAGGAAUCACACCUGCACAGGCAGAUGUUGAAGUGACAUUUUCUUUUGCAAGUUUGGAUAAAGCAGAGUCAUUUGAUUCUAGUUGGACUGAUAUGUAUGCACAAGAUGUUUGUGGACUCAAGGGUGCAGAUGUACAAGGUGGUCUUGGGCCAUUUGGUCUUGCUACAUUGGCUACUGAAAACUUGGAAGAAAACACACCUGUUUUCUUCCGAGUUUUCAAAGCACAACAAAAUUACAAGGUUCUCUUGUGCUCUGACGCUAAAAGGUCAACUCUUAAGUUCAAUGAAACAAUGUACAAAGUUUCAUUUGCUGGAUUUGUGGAUGUUGAUUUGGCUGACAAGAAAUUGUCACUCAGAAGCUUGAUUGAUAAUUCAGUUAUAGAAAGUUUUGGUGCGGGUGGAAAGACAUGUAUAACAUCGAGGGUUUAUCCAACAUUGGCGAUUAAUGAGAAGGCACAUUUAUUUGCGUUCAACAAUGGAACUGAGCCAAUCACAAUUGAGACUUUGGAUGCAUGGAGUAUGGGCAAAGCUAAGAUACAAUAUUGAAAAAAGAAUUAGGAGAAAGGAACUAUGGAAAAGGGGGGAAAUAUGAGAUUUUGAUGGACAUAAGAGUUUGUUAUUUUGAUAUUUCAACUCUAUUUUUGUUUAUCAAAUUAGAUAGAUAUCCCUUGAGUCAAAAAA